GGUGACGUACUUCCGCUCUGUUUUUCGUUUCCUUUCUGACCACCGGCGGACCGGAGAACGGAGCGGAGAGCAGAAUGCUGGCCACCAGAGCACUUAGCCUUAUUGGCAAGCGCGCCAUCUCCACAUCAGUCUGUGUACGAGGACAUGGUGUCGCUAAGGUGGAGGACUACACUCUUCCCGCCUACAACGACCGGAGGGAGAACCCACUCCCUGAUAUCCGCUUUGUGCAGAACCUCAGCCCUGAGCAGAAGUCCCUAAAAGAAAAGGAGAAGGGCUCCUGGGCUGCUCUGUCCAAUGAAGAGAAGAUUGCAUUGUACCGCAUCAGCUUUAACCAGAGCUUUGCUGAGAUGAACCAGGGCACAUCAGAUUGGAAGUCCGUUGUCGGAGGCAUCUUUUUCUUUUUUGGAUUAACUGGCCUGGUUGUCCUCUGGCAGAGGAAGUAUGUGUACGGACCAGUUCCCCACACAUUCGAUCCCGAGUACAAAGCGAAGGAGCUUCAGAGGGCGCUGGACAUGAGAAUGAACCCAGUUGAGGGCUUUGCCUCUCAGUGGGACUAUGAGAACAAGAAGUGGAAGAAGUAAAUGCCUCAGCGGACCAUGACCAGUUUGAUUUUCUGUAAUUAUCAGGUGUCCAUGUCCUUCAGUCUGAGCAUUUUGGAAGAUCCCUUCCUCCUAUGGUCGUUGUGUAUUAUAUAAUUGAAAAUAAAAAUAUUGAACCCUC